AUGUCGCCGCCAUCUACACCAUCCUCGUCGGACGACUUUGUCCUCCAGACUCCAGAGCCGGGUUCGUUUGACGGCUCGUGCAUCGACAACCUCGCUAUGCCAACCCUGUCCCACAAGCUCCACGACCGCGCGCUAGCGCUCGCCGCACGCCCCAGUGGCCUCGAACACCUUUUGCAGAAGAAGAGGAGCGGGCCUCGCUUCGUCGCACAAGGUCAAGUGCGGGUCGGCCCGAGCGCACAGUAG